AGCGGUGAGAGAGAGUUUCCGCAAAUGCCACUCUCACUCUCAUUCUAAAUUCAAUUCCUUCUUUCCGUUGCGUUUCGUUUCGGCAUUUUCCCCUUUCGAAACCCUUGUUCUUCGAACCCACCUCACAUUUCGGUUCUCUUUCACGCAUUCUUCAUCUUAGGAUUGGUGCUGGUGGAAAUGGCUUCCAAUAUUGGAAUGAUGGACAGCGCCUACUUUGUCGGCAGGAAUGAGAUUCUCACUUGGAUCAACUCCACUCUCCAUCUCAAUCUCUCUCGCAUCGAGGAGGCUGCAUCUGGUGCUGUUCAAUGCCAGAUGAUGGACAUGACAUAUCCAGGUGUUGUUCCAAUGCACAAGGUGAACUUUGAUGCAAAGACAGAGUAUGAUAUGAUCCAGAAUUACAAAAUUCUGCAGGAUGUGUUCAACAAGCUGAAAAUUGACAAGCAUAUCGAAGUUAACAGGCUUGUUAAAGGCCGACCUCUGGAUAACUUGGAGUUCCUGCAAUGGUUGAAACGUUACUGUGAUUCAGUGAAUGGUGGCAUUAUGAAUGAGAACUAUAAUCCUGUGGAACGAAGGUGUAAGGGUGGAAAGGACCGAAAUCUAAGGUGUUCUAUAAAGGGCUCAAAAUCAUUGCAGACAAACAUUGUGAAUCAUUCUGGUUCAGGCACCACACUCAAUUCUAAUCCAACAUCUGGGGCCAAGCAAAUCAGGCCAAGUGGAGUAGAAAAUGAAGCUAAUUCGUCACCAGAGAUUGAGGCUUUGUCCCAACAGGUUGCUGAUCUCAAAAUUGCUAUGGGUCACCUGGAAAAAGAAAGAGACUUUUACUUUGCAAAACUACGGGAUAUAGAAAUCCUUUGUCAGGCUUCAGAAGUGGAUAAUAAUCCUAUGACUGUAGCAACUAAGAAGAUUUUGUAUGCUGAUGAUGCAAAGGAAUCGGCACUAGAUGAAGCUCUAGGUUACCUUAACCAAACUUUGAAUGCUGUCCAAGAUGAAGCAGAAACUGAAGCCUGAUAACUCCCAAAAGCUAGCUUCUGGCUAGUACAGUAAGACAUUUGCCAGCCAAACUCUGUUAACAAAAUGCCAUCUUUGACUACUAGACAAUUGAACCUUUUUCCGUGUUGCGACCGUUGGUUAAAAUGUGCCAUUUAAUCAAAAGAGAUAUUGCAUGUCAUUGGAACAAACCGAAAAUGAGCCCCAAGAGUGAGCAUUCAAGUAUUUCUUGCUCGAUAAUUUGGUCAUCUAGUGACUGACCUUUUCAAAAAAUAUUCUCCAUAUUUUUAUUUUUUGUUCCAACUUUUAAGAAAUGGGUAUGCAAUUUGGGUGGGCAAUG